GGCCCGGCACGCCUCGCCCGGGCGAUGCCUCAGCGCGGCAGCAGCGGCGGCAGCGGGGGGGCGGGCGGGUAGCGGCAGCGGGGACGCGGUGCUGCUGCCCUGCCUUUCCCUGCCCGCCGCUGGCCCUUCCUCCGCCCCCUCCCGCGCCCCCCUCCCCCGCGCCGGUGCCCGAUUCCGCCGCCGCUCCGGGUAGGGAGGAAGGGCUGGGAGCCGCCUCCCGCUGCCCCCGGCCGCCCCCCUCCCCAUGCAGCCCGGCCCGCCACUGGGAGCCCUCCCCGGGGGGAUGUUUCUGCGGCCGCUGCCGGGAUAACCGGCGCGACGUCCGCCCCCGCCCCGGACGGAGGAUGCUGCCCGCGCUGUGGCGGGUUCCGACUCGGGCAGAAGCGGCCGCGUCCCCCUCCUCGGCUCUGGGCAGCGUCGCCGGGGAGAGAUGACUUCAAGGCACCAGGCGGACUGGAUCCCUUAUAGUGUUCUGGAUGAUGAGGGGAGCAGCCUGCGUCAGCAGAAGCUCGACAGGCAGCGAGCAUUGCUAGAACAGAAGCAGAAAAAAAAGCGCCAGGAGCCAUUAAUGGUUCAGUCCAAUGUGGACAGUCGCACAAGAACACGCAGAAUGAAACAUUCGGAAGAACAAGCACCAUUGGUUGAAUCAUAUCUUAACAGCAACAGCAGCACCAUAUAUCAUGUGCAGGAGGCCGAACAGGAAGAUCUAAAGGUGGUAGUGGAUCCCCAGGCUCCGAAACCAACUAAAAAAACCAAGGCAGCAGCUGCAAGCUGUCAGACUGGCAGCACCAGAAAGGAGAAAAAAGGGAAACACAAAGGGAUUGAUGGUCCAGCUGCUUUUCAAGAUGAUGUUCAGAAGAUAGGAAGUCAAGUGCAGAUUCUCACUGUUGGGCAGUCUAGCCAUGAUGAAGAUGAUGGAGAGAAAAUGGCUAGUGGCCAACAACAGCAAAGCAAACAAGAUCUUAGAGCAGCAAUGCAGAAAAAAGAUCCCCAUGCAAAUACAUCCUGGUCCUCUUCCACCUCCCAAUCCAGUCUUGUCGCCCUGGAUCAUGUUCCUGGCAUUUCAAGCAGCAUGAAUUUUGAUGAGGAAGAAGAUGAGGAAGAUGAAGACAGCUCCAGUUCUUCACAGUUAAACAGUAACACCCGGCCUGGUUCUGCCACGAGCAAGAAAUCCAAUAAGGAAGCAGCCUCAGCCCCCAGUCCUUCCACAAAUGAGCCUCUCAUAGAUGUUGAUGACCUGGAGGAAUUUGCUGUAAGACCUGCUCCACAGGGUGUCACUGUCAAAUGCAGAAUCACAAGAGACAAGAAAGGAAUGGACCGAGGGAUGUACCCUACUUAUUACCUCCACUUGGAAAGGGAGCAUGGUAAAAAGGUGUUUCUGUUAGCUGGAAGGAAACGAAAGAAGAGUAAAACCUCUAAUUACCUCAUCUCCAUAGACCCAACUGACCUGUCUCGGGGUGGAGAGAGUUUUAUUGGAAAACUGAGAUCGAAUCUUAUGGGAACUAAGUUUACAGUUUAUGACAAUGGAGUAAAUCCAAUGAAAACAACAUCCAGCCUGGAGGCGAGUAUCCUGCGUCAGGAGCUAGCUGCUAUUUGUUAUGAAACAAAUGUCUUGGGGUUUAAAGGACCUCGUAAAAUGAGUGUGAUCAUACCAGGAAUGAAUAUGGACCAUGAAAGAGUUUCCAUCAGACCACGAAAUGAACAUGAGACACUUCUUGCAAGAUGGCAGAACAAAAAUACAGAAAGUGUCAUUGAGCUGCAUAACAAAACACCAGUCUGGAAUGAUGACACCCAGUCCUAUGUUUUAAAUUUCCAUGGUCGAGUCACACAGGCCUCAGUGAAAAACUUCCAAAUUAUUCAUGAUAAUGAUCAGGACACUGCCGUGAAGACGUGCAUGGAAGCUUAGCAAAGAGACUGCAGAACUGAAGCCAUUAAGAUUCAGCACCACUUAAUACUGAAGAAAGAGCUCCUCCUGAAGGCAAAAACUGGGACCUGUGGGUCUUUAACUUGUUUGAACUUUCCAUGUGUUUGCACUGCAAACAAGAAGAUAACGCUUUUUUACUAUGCUUGCACUAUAUUGAGCCCUAAGCCCAGAAAAAGGAAUAUGCAAUCCAAGGAGUGCAGUUACAGCGAAGCAAACAAAAGUGCAAACGGGCUCCAUUGACAGGUGGGGAGGAACUCCAGCAUGCAGGCGAGGCAGUAGCGUGUGCUGGGGAAUGACAGUAGGGUGAUUUCUUGCCAGAGAACUGGCGCGCUGCUUGGCACCGCUUAGGGUGAGUAAUGGAUUUCAGUAGUCAUUGACAGACUAUGAUGGUCACUGCUUAUGUUGCAUUAUAUUGGCAAGAGCUCUGUCCAUACUAUUUGUUUCUCUCCUAAACAGCUUGAUUUAUGUGCAGAUUUCUUCACGAUGGCGUUUUUGCCCAUUUUUUUCUAUUUCGGGCCUUAUCCAAACCCUGCUGGUGUAACUGAAAGCUCCUUUCCAACUUCUGCUGUCUCCAUGAUGCCAUACUUGCUUGUCUCUGCAAGAGUCCUAACGUCAUCUUGUCUGUCUUUGUUCAAAAGUGGGUUUAUCUGGAUCUCAAAACCUGGGCAGUAUUGGCAUGAAUACUUCGGAAAGUGGAUUUAGAAAGGAGGACAAAUUUUCCUCUUAUGUACAUCCCGUGAAGCCUUGGUGAAACUCCAAGGGAGAUCUAAACUGUCUACCUGUGAAGAGAUUGACUUUUUCUAUUAAACGUGCUGUCAGAUUCUAUGAUGUCAUUGCUGCAACUUAACAGGGCAUAUAGAAGAACAAAACAUUGCUAGUGGUUGCCCAAGUUUUAAGGGAUAAUAGUGGAUAGCUUAACCUGCACAAGAAUUAGCAAAUCACACAGAGAGUUUACCUUAGAAACAAGGUCUGUUAGAAACAAAUCUCUUACAGUGGGUUCCUGUAAAACAUGUAUGAAAAAAGGCAAAUACUGGAGCUUUGUUAAUUUUGUUAAUAUCUUGAAAGUGUAAAAUUUUUUUCUUGUGAUUGAAACUAACAGUUUAUUUCAAAUAAAAAAAGUGCUGUACUUGGUGGCAGGAAAAUAAGGCCAUCUGGCGGUUAUAUAAAAGCGUAAAGGGGGCACACAUACGUGCCCAGUAUGGCAGGAUUUGCAGUAUUAGGAGUGGGUUUAAUGAUAACUUUCCCAACAUUUUCCAAUGUUAGAUGUGCAAACAUAUGUGCUGUGCACACACGCAUAUACAUAUGUAUAUAGUCUUAAAAAAUUUCCUUUGGUGAUAUCUGGAGAUUACUCAGUCUUCUUUCCCACUGUUCAUUGACAGCAUAAACCAUGAUAUUGAUUUGUCUUGGUGUUAAUUAUUACAAGACUGUUGUUUGAAAUGCCUUUUAAAAUAAUUUUGAACAAGUCAAGUCUUUCUUUGGAAAAUAUAUAUAAAAAAAAAUAUCUCUGAAAUGCUCUCCACAUAAGUGUCUGUAUCUAUGACAGAUAACAGCCAUCUGCUUUUCCGUUCUCCUUGGAGCUGACUUUUCAGUGGGAUCAACCCAUGCAGUGAGUCAACCCGUGCCUCACCAUUACAAGACUUGGGCUUUUGUUCCUCCUUUUUGAACAAUUUCUUCUACUCAAGGGUAGGGGAACAAGGGAAAAAAUAUCUGUGGAGGAUGUUCUGUAAUUCGAUAAACCUUUAGAUGUAUCUCAGAAAGUAAAUACUUUUGAGGUGGUUAAUUUUUGAGAGUUCCUAGUAGACACUGAACUGUGUUUGUAUUUCCCAACACUAUCGCCACCCAACUAAUGACAGUCUGAAAGAUCCAGUGUUUGGGAGCAGCUGCAGAGAUACCCAUUUUAGAAUGUGCUGGGAAUAUAUCUGCCUGUGAAGAAAAACACACCUUUGUUUCUGACUUGUUUACUUAAACUUUGAGAAGUAGAAAAUGUAGGUGCUACAUGAACAUUUCUGUCCCCAUAAAAUGAAAAAGCAGUUCAGUUAGGGUUUUGGGUUUGUUUUGUUUUUUUUUUUAUUCACACAGUAAACAUCAUCUAAUUAAUCUCUUUGCCUUUCUUAAAUAAACCAAUGAUAUACAGUAGAAUUUGAGUACGUUGUGGUAUCAAUUUCCUUUUCAUCUUAUCGGGUUAAAGAGUGGAAAACAUCAAAAUUCACAAAGAAUGUCUUAAUCUUGAGAACUAAUAUUUAACCAGUCAUGGUUUUUCAUAAUGCCUGUAAUAUGUUACACUUGUUUACACACAAGACUGUCUUGAGCUGUUUCAAGUAUCUUAUUUUUUGUUCAGAGUUUUAGAUAAACCUGCAAGAAUGUGCUUUUACAAAGUAAAAUUUUUAAAGAAACUCUUUGAUAUUCUGGAGUAAAGGUAUUUAUUUACCA